UCACCUACUAUUAUUUAACUCCAUUCGCUUACUCAAGUCUGCUUUUUCCUUCCGUCUGCACGUAGGAGCGACAAUCAGAAACCACCCGCUGCAUAACCCUAGGUUUUUCACAAACAACAAACAUGGCCGAUUCAUCGCGUGAAGAAAAUGUGUACAUGGCCAAGCUAGCUGAGCAGGCCGAGCGAUAUGAGGAAAUGAUUGAGUUUAUGGAGAAGGUUGCAAAGACAGGUGAUGUCGAGGAGCUGACUGUUGAGGAAAGGAAUCUUCUUUCUGUGGCCUACAAAAAUGUGAUUGGUGCAAGAAGGGCCUCGUGGAGGAUAAUCUCUUCAAUUGAGCAGAAAGAGGAGAGUCGUGGAAAUGAAGAUCAUGUCAAAACUAUUAAAGAAUACAGAGCCAAAAUUGAGGCUGAACUCAGCAAGAUCUGUGAUGGGAUUUUGGGUCUCCUUGAGUCCCAUUUAAUACCAUCAGCCUCAGCAGCUGAGUCCAAAGUUUUUUACUUGAAGAUGAAAGGUGAUUACCACAGGUACCUGGCUGAGUUUAAAACAGGGUCAGAGAGGAAAGAAGCUGCUGAGAACACCUUAUUGGCAUACAAGUCUGCUCAGGAUAUUGCUUUGACUGAGCUGGCUCCUACUCACCCAAUCAGGCUGGGACUUGCCCUUAACUUUUCUGUGUUCUAUUAUGAAAUUCUUAAUUCACCUGAUCGUGCUUGUAACCUUGCAAAACAGGCCUUUGAUGAAGCUAUCUCAGAGUUGGAUACACUUGGCGAGGAAUCUUACAAGGACAGUACAUUGAUCAUGCAACUUCUCCGAGACAAUCUUACACUUUGGACUUCAGAUAAUGCGGAGGAUGCUGGGGAUGAUAUCAAGGAAGCUCCAAAACAUGAGUCAAGCGAGGGGCAGCAGUGAUGAGUUAGUAGCAUAGUCUUGUAGUCUUUAUUUUAUAGGGUGCUGCAUGGGGAUAUAGCAAGAUCGUGAAUUAGAUACUUCAAUGGCUGUGUGUGUCACUGUCGAAAUGGUUUAAUAUAAAACAUGUAGUGUGAUAGAAUGUGGUCAAGCUAGUCGCAUAGUGCUAUGGUGAUUAAAAUUUGAUAUGGUGGCAGUAUUUGCUUGUGUUGGUGACUUUGCUCGUAUUUAUAGUCUUAUUUGCAUGUUGCGUAAUCAUCUUUGUAUUUUCAAAUUCUUUGAAAUCCUUGAAUUAA